ACCACCACGGGAGGUGAGGAGUUAACGGUCAGCUGAUGGGACGCUGAGUAAGCACAGCUUUUCCUUGUCUCGUGGCUCGCUGCUGACUGAGAGGAAGUCGUCUGAGAAGCCAGUUUAAACAUGUAAACCUGAGGCACAUAAAGACGCCUUUAUGAGUCCCGGUGAGUGGAGCCUGUUAUAUGAGUCUCCUACCACUGGAUCCUGGUUUGGCUCCGAGAGCUGCCAACUACCUCACUCCUGCAGCUCCUAUAUCCUGCUCCGGGAAGGAAGUUGAUGUCUGAGUAUUUCAGUUAUCUCCUCCACGGUGUGUUUUCUUACCGAGACACAAAAUGCUGUCCUUGGAGCAAGUGAAGCAGAGUUUAGAGAGCGCAGGACAGUCUCACGUCCUGCAGUUCUGGCCGGAGCUGAGUGAGGCGGAGAGGGAGCGCCUCCUCCAGGAGUUGUCUCAGCUGGAUCUACAGGGACUGAAGGAGCACUGUGAAGGAGCCGCCAGGGCUGCAGCCUGCCCGGCUGCCAGCCUGGACCACUGCAUAGAGCCAGUGGCCCCGGAGUCCAUCGGCAGCGUGAGGACGAGCGACAAAGCCUCUGUUGCACAGUGGGAGAAUGAAGGGCUGCUGCAAAUCUCAGAGAAUCGAGUGGGAGUCCUGCUCUUGGCUGGCGGUCAGGGAACCCGUCUUGGUGUUCAGUAUCCCAAAGGGAUGUAUAACGUUGGGCUACCAAGCAGCAAAACCUUCUAUCAUAUCCAAGCAGAGCGCAUUCACAAAAUCCAGGAGCUGGCUGAAAGAAAGUAUGGCUCUAAAUGCACCGUUAUGUGGUACAUCAUGACCAGUGAGUUCACUUUGGCUCCCACUGAGAAGUACUUUAAGGAGAACAACUACUUUGGUCUGGACUCAUCAAAUAUUGUAAUGUUUGAGCAAAGGAUGAUCCCAGCAGUGACCUUUGAUGGAAAGAUCAUACUACAGGAGAAAGGGAAGAUAGCCAUGGCCCCAGAUGGGAAUGGUGGUCUGUACCAGGCGUUGGUGGACAACAAGGUGCUGGAGGACAUGAAGAAGAGGGGAGUGGAGUACCUGCAUGUCUACUGUGUAGACAACAUCCUGGUCAAAAUGGCCGACCCUUUGUUUAUCGGGUUCUGUGUGAGCAAAGGGGCUGACUGCGGAGCUAAGGUGGUGGAGAAGGCGUACCCUGCUGAGCCAGUGGGCGUGGUCUGCAGGGUGCAAGGCGUCUCCCAGGUGGUGGAGUACAGCGAGAUCAAACCAGAGACGGCUGAGCUCAGAGGACCUGGAGGGGAUUUGAUCUACAGUGCUGGAAACAUCUGCAAUCACUUCUUUACCAGGGCCUUCCUGCAUGAUGUAGCAGAGAAAUGUGGCCAACUGAAACAACAUGUUGCAUUAAAGAAAGUGCCCUUUGUGGACACAUGUGGCAAUCAAGUCAAACCCACCAAACCCAAUGGAAUAAAGAUGGAGAAGUUUGUUUUUGAUGUCUUCCCAUUCUCAAGGAACUUUGUGGCAUUUAUGGUGGUGAGGGAGGAUGAGUUUUCCCCUCUGAAGAAUGCAGAGGGAGCAGCUACAGACAGCCCCAACACAGCCAGAAACUCUUUGCUGGCUCAGCACUGCCGCUGGGCCAUCGCUGCAGGAGCAACGCUGUUGGAUGAACAUGGGAAUACUAUUCCUCCACCAGCCAGUGUAUCAGCAGGAGACAAUCCUCCAGCACGAUGUGAGAUUUCACCACUGGUCUCCUACUUUGGAGAGGGCCUGGAGCAGCUGCUGAAAGGGAGGACGCUGCCCACUCCUCUCAUUCUGGAUAAUGAAAGGGCCAAAAAGCUGCAAGCCGAGUAACAUUUCUCCAGUUAAAAGAGUUUGGUAUGACGGCAGCACAGAUUCCAGUUCAGUGAACUACAGGAUGGAGAUGGAUGUGACUCUGUAGCUUUAGCUCAAGAAUGCACAACUGUUAAAAUGUUUUACUUUUAUGUAAAAAAAAAAAUCAAA